CCGAUGCCCAAGAACAAGAGCCGCAAAAGCGACGACAAACGAGAUGGAGUCAAGAAAACGUCGAAAAAGGACAGUUUGUCCACUGAAGCGAAUAAAAGCGUCUCGGAGGACAAAGAGAAGGAUUUAUAUCUGCUUCAGAUCCGAUAUUUGAACGAGCAGCUGGACUGGUACCAGGUGAAAUGUGAGCAGCAGGAGAAGCAGAAGCAGGACCUGAGCUCUCAGUACGUCACGCUGCAGAAGGAGAAGGACGACGUCGUGGACUUCCUGAAGCGCUGCCUGCUGGAGAAGGAGGCCGAGGCCGAACAGCUGGAGCGGCAGCUGGAGGGUCGGCGGCGGGUCGCCGAGGGCGACGCGGGCGCCCUGCGGCUGCAGCUCGCCCAGCUGAGGACGCAGCUUCAGGACCGGGCCGCGGGCCUGGAGGCAGAAAACGCCGCGCUCGCGGCGAAGCUGGCCGGCCUGGAGGAGUUCCGGGGGCAGAAGGAGCGGCUGACGUCCGAGGUGGCGUCUCUGCAGAAGGAGCUGGCCCGUCGGGGGGAGCAGCACGGAGCGGCCCUCCACAGCCUGGAAAUGAAAGGCCUGCUGGAGAAGAAGAGGUUGCACAAGGAGAUGGAGACCCACGUGGCCUCCUUGGCGGCAGACGUCCAGCACCUGGUGGACCAGAAGGUGCCCGAGACGACCAGGUCGGCCCUCCGGGAGAACGCGGAGGUCAAGGCUCGGCUGGGUCAGCUGUCGCAGCAGACGCUGUCCCUGAUGGGGGACAACUCGUCCCUGCGGGAGCGCCAGGCCCGGCUCGGCGUGGACGUGGACAUCCUGGAGCAAAUGCUCAAAGAGACGUCCCGCCAGAGCUGCGUCCGCAAGAAGGUGGUGGAGCAGCUCACAGAGAAGUGUCGGCAGCUGCAGGCGGAGCUGACGGACCGGAGGCGGGACCUGGAGCGGCUUCAGGCCGAACACGCCGGCGCACUGGCCGAGACGGAGGCCCUCAGGCGGGACCGGGCCUCGCCACCCGGGAGCCGAGCGCCGCCGCCGCCGCGCCGCCUGCAGGCCGAGCUGCUGGAGGAGAGGAGGAGGAGCAGCAGGAUGAAGAGCGUCAUGCGGGGUGCCGCUGCGGCGCUGAGGCGAGCCCUGAUGCUUCUUAUGGAGAAGCUGCUGGUGGUGCUGGACUCCACCGCUGAGGGGGACCAGCUGGACGAGCCGCUGACCUCCGACCCCUCGGCAGCCAGGUGACCGGACGACAGCCCGCCGAGCGGGUUCCAGUUGGCCCGCUACAGGCCGGGCGACCUGGGCUUCGUGCCCCCCCCGGCGCCGAGGCACCGGCCCGCGGGCUGCAGGACGGGAGCAGCCGGCUCCGUGGAGUUAAAGAAGAACCCGUCCAGAUCCUUCAAGCAGACGGACCCAGCCGUCAGGCUUCAGACCGGCAGGAAGCUCCUCACGAGACCCAAAUAGCACCACCAGACCCUCAGUACACGUCCACCUUUAAUCAGAGGGCCACACCUUAGAAAUAAGGAUUUCUGAGAAUGAGUCUCCCAUGAAUUCAACUUAUGUUUAUUUUUUUUUUAAAUCACAGUCUCACUAAAAGGUGGAAGAUGAUCAUGUGGACAAUGCAGAGCUUAUUAACGAUUAACUACCGUUUGUGUUUUUUGAUGAGCAACAAACUUUCCCAUA